GCGCUGAGGGAAGAGUGAGCCGGACGCUCCGGGAGGUGCAGGGGGCGGGGGGGAGCAGCGCCGCGGCCGCCGCCGCCUCCGCCUCCGCCGCCUGGGACACGGGGGUGGGGGACGGAGGAGCCCCGAUGCCGGGGGAGACGGAAGAGCCGAGACCCCCGGAGCAGCAGGACCAGGAAGGGGGAGAGGCGGCGGCGGCGGCCAAGGCGACUCCGGAGGAGCCUCCACAUCAGCCCUCCGCGGCGGCGGCGGCGGCGGCGGCACCUGCGGGGACCACUAGCAGCCGCGUGCUGAGGGGAGGUCGGGAGCGGGGCCGGGCCGCUGCGGCGGCGGCGGCGGCCGCGGCUGCUGCUGCUGCUGCUGCCGCUGCUGCUGUAUCCCGCCGUCGGAAGGCCGAGUAUCCCCGCCGGCGGAGGAGCAGCCCCAGCGCCAGGCUGCCCGACGGCCCCGGGCCGCAGCCCCACGCCACGAAGCCCCCGUCUCCAGCUCAGGGCAAGAAGAGUCCGCGACUCCUGUGUGUGGAAAAAGUAACUGAUAAAGAUCCCAAGGAAGAGAAAGAGGAAGACGACGAUUCUGCCCUCUCUCAGGAAGUUUCCAUUGCUGCCACCAGACCCAGUCGAGGCUGGCGCAGUAGUAGCAGGACAUCUCUCUCACGGCAUCGUGACACGGAGAACACGCGGAGCUCUCGGUCCAAGACUGGUUCGUUGCAGCUCAUCUGCAAGUCAGAACCAAAUACUGAUCAGCUUGAUUAUGAUGUUCCAGAAGAACAUCAGUCUCCAGGUGGCAUUAGUAGUGAGGAGGAGGAGGAAGAGGAAGAAGAGAUGUUAAUCAGUGAAGAAGAAAUACCAUUCAAAGAUGAUCCAAGGGAUGAGACCUACAAACCCCAUUUAGAAAGGGAAACUCCAAAGCCACGGAGAAAAUCAGGGAAAGUAAAAGAAGAGAAAGAGAAGAAAGAAAUUAAAGUGGAAGUAGAGGUAGAAGUGAAGGAAGAAGAUAGUGAAAUUAGGGAGGACGAGGAACCUCCUAGAAAGAGAGGAAGAAGGAGAAAAGAUGACAAAAGUCCACGCUUACCUAAAAGGAGAAAAAAGCCUCCAAUCCAGUAUGUCCGUUGUGAGAUGGAAGGGUGCGGAACUGUUCUUGCUCACCCUCGCUAUUUGCAGCACCACAUUAAAUAUCAGCAUUUGCUAAAGAAGAAAUAUGUGUGCCCUCAUCCUUCCUGUGGGCGCCUCUUCAGGCUCCAGAAGCAACUUCUGCGGCAUGCCAAACAUCAUACAGAUCAAAGGGAUUACAUCUGUGAAUAUUGUGCUCGAGCCUUCAAGAGUUCCCACAAUUUGGCAGUUCACCGGAUGAUUCACACUGGCGAGAAGCCAUUACAAUGCGAAAUCUGUGGAUUUACUUGUCGGCAAAAGGCGUCCCUUAAUUGGCACAUGAAGAAGCACGAUGCAGACUCCUUCUACCAGUUCUCUUGCAAUAUCUGUGGCAAAAAAUUUGAGAAGAAGGACAGUGUAGUGGCUCACAAAGCAAAAAGCCACCCCGAGGUGCUGAUUGCUGAAGCUCUGGCUGCCAAUGCAGGCGCCCUCAUCACCAGCACGGAUAUACUGGGCACGACCCCCGAGUCCCUGGCGCAACCUGCAGACGGUCAGGGCCUGCCCCUCCUCCCCGAGCCCCUGGGGAACUCCACCUCCGGAGAGUGCCUGCUGCUCGAGGCGGAAGGAAUGUCCAAGGCUUACUGUAGUGGGACGGAACGGGUGAGCCUGAUGGCUGACGGGAAGAUCUUUGUGGGCAGCGGCAGCAGCGGGGGCACUGAAGGGCUGGUCAUGAACUCGGAUAUACUCGGUGCUACCACAGAGGUUCUGAUUGAAGAUUCAGACUCUACUGGACCUUAGUGGAAAGGAAGACUUUGGGCACUGGGACAGCUCAGACUUUGUAUUUAAAGAUAAAAAGGACAAAAAAAAAUUUAAAGCAUUUAAUAUCUAGUAAAAUAACUGAAGGGCCUGCUCUUUCCAUUGUGGAUCACAGUACACACACAUACACCCACCCCUCUUCUCCCUCUAUUGCCCCUUUAUAAAGUUGAUGUUGCCUUUACCAGAAAGGUAGAUGAAGAAGCAGUUCUUAGAGUGCGGGUUCUUAUAUGCAACUCCAGCCGAGCAGACGUCUGCUCCUCAGCAGAUCCCCUUUUGGAACAUGUAACUGAUGUGCCCCAGAUCAGCUUUUAACUUCCUAGUAUAUUACUGUACUCUAAACCCCUUCUCCUUACUGCUGCCUUAUGGUUCUGGCUUCUCUCCAUUGCAGCACACUUAACCCUCCAAAUAUCAUAUAACUCUACUCUCUGGAGGCUGGCAGCUUGACUUGGCACUUUAGGGCCCCUUAGCAAGGUGAGCUGUUAAAACAGCACACUACUCUCACCCCUUUUCCUUUACCACCUACCGGGUUCGGGAAAAGAUGGAUACAUGGGGACCACCUUCUUCCUCUUUGACCCCUGCACCCGCCCCUCUCCCCGCCCCUCCAACUCUUCCAUAUGGUUCUCAAUGGUGCUCACUUGCUUGGAAGCAGGCUCCCACCAGAGAGGGGGCUGCCCUCUCUAGGGUCCGUGUGACCGUAGGGCAGGGCUCUGCAUCAGUGAGACACGUCCCAGACUCAUGGCAGAAAUUUGCACUUUGAACAUGUGUGUUUUGUGUUGUGGAACCUGAGAUUCCUUAUUUAUUAAUGGAAAGUCUGAUUUGAUUUUUUUUUCUUUUUUGUCUUCGUUGCUAUAUUUUGUGGGGCUGGAAGAGAUUCAAUUAUUCUGACAUUUCCGUAAGAGGUACUUUUGAAGGCAAAAAUAUAGGUUUAAAGAAGCAUAGCCAGCCUCUCAAAUCAUAGCUCUCCAGUGGCCUUUAAAGAAAGCUGGUCCUCAGCACUAACAAAAUCACUACAGUAGCCUAGUGCUUUUUUUGGAAGCCUUUUAGCAAAGGACGUUAGGUUUGUGGUAUUUAGUGCUCUUUGAGUUCUUAGAGCAUUGAGAUUUAGGAAUUUAACGGGGAGUGAGAAGGGUUGUUCAGGGUCUGAAUUACAGAUAAAAGAUUUUCUCUUGUGAAUUUUUUUUGGUUUUGGAUUGGUUUUUGUUUUGUGGUUGUAUUUUUUUUUUUGCCCCCAUCAUUUUACACAUACCUUCUUAUUGGCUCAAGUUUUUGUUUUGUCCUUUUGCUUUUUGUUUGUGCUUUGCUUUAUCAUUGGUUCAUUCCGACUCCCGUUUAGUGAAGGACACUGCCAUCAGCAAAGGAAUGGUCUGAGUCACAGUCAAAAUGCCUCUGUUUUUGUUUCCCUUUAAUUACACUUUAAAAGAGGAAAAGUCUCAAUUGACAAAAGUAAAUUUGCGUAAAGAUUUGGCUGUCACCUGAAAUUUUUAAGGUCUUGCUGCUUUUCUAAAGGUAGAUUGGGGUGGGUUGCUUAUUAUCAUCUCUGGUAGAGAAGGUUUUUGUACAAGUUUAUAUCAUAAAAAACUAUAAAACCUAUUUUGCUCAUUUUUAGGAAAAUUAGAAGGGCAAUUUCUGUUCUCUGUAUCUCAGAAACUGGAAUUAAAGACUUGCCCUAUUCAUUGUUGUCAGAAAUGUAUGAUGGCUUUUGGAAAGAAUGAAGUUAUCCCGAGAACAAAAUAAGGAACAGCUUGUUUUUCACAAACACUAAAACUGCAAAAUUUGUCAAUUUUUUCUUUGAUUUUCCCCUCCCCCUCCCCAAAGAGAGACAACAAAAUGUCAUUUCUGAAAGAGGCUUACUUUACACCCACUAGUGUCAGUGGAUGAACUGCCAGGAAAUAGGGAGUAAAACACCUACAUUGAAAGUCAAAUACACUAUUGUUUUUUUUUUUUUUUAAGAGUCUUGCAGAUUUGCGAUCCCUCCAGUGAGGGGGUAGAAAUUGAAGUAAGGAUAGAAGGGCUGUAUAAUACGCUUUUCUGCCUACAAUAAGGAUUUGGAGUUAACUUUGGUUUGUUGGAUAGAUUUCAAAGUAUUAGAGGAAUGAUUGGAACAGUAUGGUUCCACUCCAAUAAAAGUCCCAUUUUGUGCUGUUUAGCAUAUAUCCCUGUACCUUGACUACUUUCACAUUUAUCCCUUCUCUCUAUAAAUUACAUUUGCAGUGGUUAGUCAUUAGAUGUUUCAGCUACCUACGCAAAAACAAGCUGCAUUAACAAAAACUUUGAGAUAGAAAGUGUUCUUACUGAUAACAUACUCCUCACCAAGAGCAAAUCGUUCUAAUAACUAGAUACUUUUUGCUUUCUUAUCCCCACCUCCCCUCUGCCCCUUGCUGUAGCUGUCACUUUGCCUACAAUUCUCUUUAGCAUUUUGCAGUAAAUUUUAGAAAUAUUCUACAUGGACUUGAUCUUUUUUCUUUUGAGAAAGGGAUGCUAGCAUAGAAAGGGGUUGGUGUAAGUAAACUAGUUGUUCACUAGGCACUCUUUCUCCUCAGGCUUAUCUCUUCAUUGUCCUUCCAGUGAGCUCUUUAAUCUUAAAAAUAUGCAUUCCUAAUCUUAGAUUCUGUUGCUUUUUAAAUAACUUCCCACCUCAUAUCCAUCUUGAACUGAAAAUUCUAAAUUCUGAAAAGUAAUUGACAUACAAGUAUUGUUUCGAGAUGUGCUUCCCCUUGUUUGUGGUUGCCCAGGGUCAUUUUGCAUUGAUGAGACUUAAUAUGCUUCAGAAUUAGCCUAAACACUGGCCAGGAUUACUGGGAGUUUAAAAAAAUAAGGGAAAACAUCCGCAUAAGAGCACUUGAACCUCCUUUGUACCUGUUCAGAGAAAAAAUGUAGAGUGUACUAAGCCUAACCAAGGUUUUUUAGUCUGGUUGAAGCACCAUUUCCCCAACUUGUUUUUCCCCUUUCCAAUGUAUUCAAAUUGAAAAAUUGUAAUAGAUCAAUUUUAAAUAUUUUAUUUCCUGAAAGCUUUUUUUUUUUUUAAUGCCUGUUGUAAUGUGCAGGACCCUUCUUUUGAUUGGAGACACAGGUAGUUAGCUGCCUGAAUCUAGGUUGGAAAAGGUUAUGUAAGAAGAAAUUAUAAUAAAAGGGAUACUCUGCUUUUCAAAUCCUUGUUUUCUCUUAAUCUAGAUAAGUCAUAUACAAAAUAAAUAUGUAAAGAAGAAAAAUAAAAGUCUUCAUGGAA